GUUGAGGUGGCGAUGCGUGUUAAUGCAUCUCUGUUGACUUGCUCGCGGCAGGACACAGCCUCCACCUUGAUCGCAUAGGCUGACAUGAGAUUUCUCAUCUCGAUAUCAAACCUGAUCAUCUCACUUCAGCUGCACCUUUCACUCUUUGAAGAUGAUCCGCAUUCAUAACCCUCACCACGUGCCAUUUCUGCAUCAGACGGAGCAGCUCCGCCAGGCAGGAACACUUUGCGACGCGCUUCUCACUGUGGAGGGCCUUACAUUUAAAGCCCACGCUCUGAUACUAGCAUUGGCGAGCAAACGGCUGAAGCGACAGUUAACAAACCAGCGCGGCCCAGGUCCAAGGUACUGCUGCAUCAUAGACAGAGUCUCUUCUCACACCUUCAAGCAAAUCCUGGACUAUGUGUACAGCGAAUCGCUGGAGGUGCCCAAAGAUGAUCUUGAGGAGCUGCUGAAGGGUGCCGAGUACCUUGAGGUGGAGUCUUUGGUAGAACAAUGUCAAGCACAACUUAGAGAUCCAGAUUCCCCAACUAAGACAGACACGAAAGUAGCAAAUUCACUCCGAGAUGACAAAGCACAGAAGGACAAUGAGUUGUCUAAAAGAAGCCACAAUUUGGAUGAAGACCACCUUGAUUGUUCUUCAGAAGAAGAACGUUCUUCCACCAAGAGAUCGGUCCACGAUGCACAUAAGAAGAGCUGUUCUCCCGUGUCUCCUCUGCCUCCCAUGUUCUCCAGAGAGUCCAUCAUCUCCUCCAGCGCUCAGUCUCCCACCCCUCGCCUCUGCUGGCCGCCGGUCAGCCCGUCUAGGAGCAUGGUGUUAAACUGUAGAGAAAUUAUGACCUUUCACUCCCUUCGAGCGUAUCCCUACCCCGCACCCAUGUACCCCUUCCUCCACCACUCCCUCCAGCCACAGGUGUCCUCCUCACUUAUGGGUUACACGGGGUUGCUUCACCCCUAUCACCCUCUCAUACACUCUGCUCCGUUGACUCAAGACAAUCCCUUCAUUCCUGGUCUGAAAGGAAAGACCACCUCUAUCAGCACAGCUUUAACAGGGUCCAUGUCAGAAGCUCAAGAGAGGAAGCCAAAGGUUCAAGAGGAGAGGGAGAUAUGCUGCAGACACUGUGGUAAACCGGCCCUGGAAAACCCCUGGAGGCCAACGACUGGGUCAUCAACCUCAGAUUCGGGGGAGAUGGCGCUCAGGUGUAAGUUCUGUGGCCGAGGUGGACGGGACAGGCGAUCUCUGCGCUCACUCAGGAGGGGCGUCGGAGGAGAGAAGCCUUACCAGUGCAAACAGUGUAGCAAGAGGUUCAGCCUUAAACACCAGCUGGACACACAUCACCGGGUCCACACAGGUGAAAAACCAUUCGAGUGUCGGCUGUGUGGCCAGCGUUCACGUGACUAUUCGGCUAUGAUCAAGCACCUGCGUACUCACGGCGGCGCCACUCCCUACCAGUGCACCCUGUGUCUGGAGUUCUGUAGCAGCCUGGCAGCCAUGCAGAAACACCUGAAGAAUCACCCCACGCAGGACUUCCCUCCAGACUGGAGCCUGAGCAGCACAUACCUGUACAACUGCCACACCUGAGG